AUUGCUUUAUUGAUUCUAUCAAGUUUCUCGAUACCCAUUUGUAUUUUAAUCUAUUUUUAUUAGCAUAGUACUCCCUCUGUUCAAUUUGUUUUUCUUACUCUCUCUUUUAAUCCGUUUCAAAAAGAAUCUCUCGUUCCUUUUUUGGCGACUCUCUUUCCACGCGGCGUGUUUAAGACCAUAAGAUUAAAGGACAUUUUAGUACAUUCUACAUAUCUUUAGCUCAAGACCAUAAAAUUCAAAAGUCUUUUAUAUUUCUUAAACUCCAUGCUGAGUCAAAACAAGAUAAAACAAAUUAUAAAGGAGGGAGUAGCAUAUUAUUAAAUAGUUGUUGGAAAUGGAGUUUGAACCCUUGGGAAUUGGGAAUGAUGUGAGAGAAUUCGAUGUGAUAGGUUUAGGAGUAGGAGAUGACACAAUUGACAUGGAACACCCUGUUGAAGAAGGGGAAGAUAAACAAUUACUAAAUGACCCUUUUGAGGGGUUUGUUAGUAAUGUUAGAAUUUCUGAUGGGGAUAGUAUGAAUCUUGAACCUUAUGAAGGAAUGGAGUUUGAGUCGGAGGAAGCUGCGAAAGCCUUUUAUAAUUCAUAUGCACGUAGGGUAGGGUUUAGUACGCGUGUUAGCAUGUCUAGGAGAACUAGGCGUGAUGGGGCUAUUAUUCAGAGAUCAUUUGUUUGUGCAAAAGAAGGGUUUCGAGUUGAGAAGGAGAAGCCAGUUGGGCGUGAUGGCGGUGGUGGUGCUAGGGUUAAGAGACCCCGAGCUGAGACUAGGGUCGGGUGUAAAGCGAUCUUAGUGGUUAAGAUUCAAGAUUCGGGGAGAUGGGUUGUAUCGGGAUUUGUCAAAGAACAUAACCAUGAGCUUGUUGAACCUGAUAAGGUGCAUUGUUUGCGUUCGCACAGACAUGUAUCUGGACCAGCUAAGUCGUUGAUUGAUACAUUACAAGUAGCUGGAAUUGGUCCGAGUGGGAUAAUGUCUGCCUUGAUUAAGGAGUAUGGUGGAAUUAGUAAUGUUGGGUUUACGGAGCGUGAUUGUAGGAAUUACAUGAGGAGUAGUAAACAGAGAACACUUGGGGGUGAUCCGCAGACUCUUCUUGAUUAUUUGAAACAAAAGCAUUUGGAAAAUCCGUCGUUUUUCUAUGCUGUGCAAGGAGAUGAAGAUCAUUGUAUGAGUAAUAUAUUUUGGGCUGAUCCUAAGGGUCGGAGUAAUUUUGCUUAUUUCGGUGAUACUGUCACUUUUGACACUAAUUACAAAUCAAACAGGUAUAGGUUACCGUUUGCCCCAUUCACAGGGAUAAAUCAUCAUGGACAACCAGUGUUAUUUGGUUGUGCUCUUUUAAUAAAUGAAUCUGAAGCGUCUUUUAGUUGGUUAUUUAGAACUUGGCUAACGGCAAUGUGUGGAAAGCCGCCAGUCUCAAUCACGACUGACCAUGAUCGGGUGAUUCGGUUGGCUGUUAGUCAGGUUUUCCCCGAAACACGUCACAGGUUUUGCAAAUGGCAUAUUUUCAAGGAAUGCCAAGAAAAGUUGUCCCACGUGCUCUCUGAGCAUAUUAAUUUCGAAGCAGAGUUUCAUAAAUGCGUAAGCUUGAUGGAGUCCAUUGAAGAGUUUGAAGCUUGUUGGUUUACUCUGAUUGAUAAAUAUGAUCUUGGGAAAAAUGAGUGGCUUCAAGCUAUUUAUGCAGAUCGCAAGCAAUGGGUUCCCGUCUAUUUGAGGGAUACAUUCUUUGCAGAAAUGUGUAUAACACAGAGUAGUGAUAGUAUGAAUUCAUAUUUUGAUGGGUAUGUGAAUGCAUCAACUACCCUUCAACAAUUUAUUAAGUUGUAUGAAAAGGCUGUAGAGAGUCGCUACGAGAAAGAAGUUAAAGCAGAUUAUGACACCAUCCAUAUUGCCGCCGUUCUAAAGACCCCAUCACCCAUGGAGAAGCAAGCUGCCGAGAUAUAUACAAGGAAACUGUUCAUGAAGUUUCAAACGGAGCUUGUUGAAACACUCACAUUCUUGGCAACUAAAGUUGAUGAUGAUAAGGAGUCGAUCACUGUAUUUCAGGUGGCUAAAUUUGGGGAGAGUCAUAAGUCUUACUUAGUUCACUACAAUGUCAGAGAGAUUAAAGCAUCAUGCAGCUGCCAGAUGUUUGAGUUCUCCGGUCUCCUUUGUUGGCAUAUACUAACAGUCUUUAGAGUCACCAAUACUCUCAUUCUUCCUCCAUGCUAUGUUUUAAAGCGUUGGACUAGGAAUGCUAAACGUGGUGUCAUGUUGGAAGAACAGACCUGUAAUUUAGUAUCAAAUAAUUGUAAAGAAUCUUUUACCGUCAGAUAUAACAAUCUUCAGUGAGAAGCCCUCAAAUAUGUAGAUGAAGGUGCGAAAGAUGAGGAACUUUACAAGGUGGCUAUUGAUACCUUGCAAGAAGCUGCAAAUAAAGUUGCUAAUGCUAAGAAAACUGAUGUGGGAGUUUCUAGUUUUAGUGGAUCUUGUAGAGGAGAGUCUGCCACUCAGGAAAGGCAUGUAAAUAAUCCCUUUGAGGCUCGUCAAUUGAGUACAGAUCCUUCAACGGGCGUGGAUGAAAAGGACAAAAUGAUACAGAAACUUACAAGUAAGCUGGAACGUGCAAGGCGAAAAUGUGAAUUAUACCGGGCUAACUUAUUGACAAUCUUGAAAGAUAUUGAGCAGCAGAAGCUUCAGCUGACCGUUAA